UUCCAGUUGUGUCCGGUUGACCCGGAAGUUUUCCUCACCUAUUGUCAACAUGGCGGUGAAUCUAACAGAAUUGUCUCUUCCACAAUUAGAAGGCUUGAAAACUCAGCUUGAUCAGGAAACUGAGUUCCUGUCAUCAUCCAUAGGCCAGUUGAAAGUUGUCCAAACUAAAUAUGUGGAGGCCAAAGAAAGUUUGAAUGUACUUAACAAGAGCAAUGAAGGAAAAGAACUACUUGUACCUCUCACCAGUUCUAUGUAUGUGCCUGGAAAACUGAAUGAUGUGGAUCAUGUCUUAGUGGAUGUUGGAACAGGUUAUUUUGUGGAGAAGAAAGUAGAGGAUGGCAAAGAGUUCUUUAAGCGCAAAAUCGACUUCCUUACAAAACAAAUUGAGAAAAUUCAGCCUGCCCUUCAAGAAAAACAUGCUAUGAAACAAGCUGUUGUGGAAGUCAUGAAUAUGAAGCUUCAGCAGCUGCACAGCCAACAGGCAUCACAGUCUGGUACCACCAAAGCCUAAAAACAGUUCCAAGCAGCAUGGCAGAAAAUUCUGGGGAGGUCCUGAACAUUUACCUUUCAGAUGGAGCCAUUCUAAACCCUUGAAAUGGAGAACCACAGCUCAGAUGUCAAUAUGUUCACAUCUCCUUGGCGUGAGAAGAAAGUCACUUUUUUCCUGCAUCAAACAACUAAUCAAUUUUUCUGUUCCAUGUUUUCAUUCUCAUGUUUAGUGAACAAAUGAAGCUUUGGGCAUGGCCUGUGGUUGUAUCCACAAAGCCUCCCACCACUGGGAUUCAUGUCUUUGAAGGAGAUUUACUUUGUGGCAAACAUUUGUCAUGGAUUUUUUUCAAUACAGCAAAUAUUUUGAACAUGAAUAUUUACAUCUGAAAUUGGCUAAAGAAAAUGUUCUUGUUUUUCAAAAAGUGAGUUCAAAGAAAUGUACAAGUAUAUGCAUUUCAUUACUAGUAUUUUCAUGUCAAAACAAUAAAAGGAAUAGCUUGA